GAGCCACUGCCAAGCUCAGGAGUCACCGCACCGCGAUCUCCGCCCGGCCCUAGCAGGACCCUGCCGUCUCUGCUCCGAGCCACCGUUUACCAGGGAGGCAUCAUGGGCUUUCUGAAGUUCUCCCCGUUCCUGGUUGUCAGCGUCUUGCUCCUGUACCAGGCAGGCAGCCUCCACGCAGUACCUUUCGGGUCAACCUUGGAAAGCAGCCCAGGCGUGGCCACCCUCAGUGAAGAGGAAGCUCGCCUGCUGGCUGCCCUGGUGCAGGACUACGUGCAGAUGAAAGCCAGGGAGCUGGAGCAGGAGGAGGAGCAGGAGGCUGAGGGCUCCAGCCUGGACAGCCCCAGAUCUAAGCGGUGUGGGAAUCUGAGUACCUGCAUGCUGGGCACAUACACACAGGACCUCAACAAGUUUCACACCUUCCCCCAAACCGCAAUUGGGGUUGGAGCACCUGGCAAGAAAAGGGAUGUGGCCAAGGACCUGGAGAUACACCAUCACACCCAUUUUGGCAACUAA